AUGGCAAAGACGCGUUUGGCGGGAAAAUUUGUCUGGUCGUAUGUCAAAAUGGCGGAAAUUGCUGUGGGUGAACAAAUGAGUGUUGAUGAUGAAAUUCAUGAAAGUGAAGGGUUUCGCCAAGCUUUCUUUAGUAGAAAGCUAUCAGACAUCGAAAAGGUACGAUAUAUAACAGAGCUAGAGAGUUACACUGCUCUUUGGAUGACUAGUGCAGUAUUUACUCGAGCACAAAAAACAACAGCAUUGAAUGCAAUGAGUCUAAAAUUUUCACUCAACGAAGAAAGUGUUAAAAAGGUCCUUCACUCGUUGCGCUCUUCCAUGGUACGUGAAAUCCGCCGAGAAAGUGAAGACAAGGACUAUGAAAGUUCCUGGAAGUUUUAUAAACGUUUGAGCUAUAUGAAACCAGAUAUUUUACAAAGUUUAAAGCAAGAAGCCGAGAAACGGUGGAGCGACGAAGAAAUUAUAACCCUGAUUGAGCUGUACGAAAGCAACCCAGUGCUUUGGGAUCACUUUUCGCAGGGAUAUAGAGAUCGAAACCUACGGAAGCUUGCCAUGGACAAAAUUAAGGAAAGCUUUGAAAAACGAACUGAAGAAGAAAUCAAGAGUCAAUGGCAUACACUCAAAACUAUUUACCAACGAGAAUACAAGAGACAAGAAGCAAGCAAGAAAUCUGGCAGCGCCACCUCUGAAGUUUACAAAACUAAAUGGAAGUUUUUCGAGUCCCUGUC